UUUAUCUAGCUAAUCUCCCGGUAGGAUUCUGCGCUCCCAAUCCGAACUUCAAGCUCUUGGCAGCUAAUCUCCGGUAGGAUUCUACGCUCCCAAUCCGAACUUCAAGCUCUUGGCAAUGGCGAUUUCGUCGUCUUCUCAACCGCCUAUUCUCUCUUCCCUCUGCGUCAACGCCAGAACCGACCUCGCUUCUUCUUCGUCUAUUGGUAAUGUUUCGCACAUUCGUAUUCCCUCCACAAAAGCCAAUCCACGACGAUGUCCACCUACGAUCAUCUUCUCUUAUAAAUCAGGUAAUGGUCUUGCCAGUGACCGGAAGAGAGAGUUACUGGAACGGUACGGUCUUAAUCUCGACGAGUUUCUAUCAGAACCUCCUCCAAAGGAGAGGAGGAAAAAGGAAUUGCGGAAAACGGGGAAAGGGAAGCAGGUGGCGUCGGAGGAUCAUAAGGCAACGAGGGAGACUCACAGAUUACUUCAGGUGCUUGGAGGAAAGGCUCGAAGGAAGAAAUUGCUUUCACCGAAGGGUAUGGAUGUACGCCCAAUGAUGGAAGUUGUAAAAGCUGCUGCCUUUAGUAUUUUGCAGGCGGCUGGUGGAUGUCCUGCAUCUUUGAGGCCUGGCUGCUGGUUAGACUUGUAUAGUGGCACAGGCUCUGUUGGAAUUGAGGCUGUCAGCAGGGGAUGUUCUGAGGUGCAUUUUGUUGAGAUGGAUCCAUGGGUUGUCUCUAAUGUUCUAAAACCAAAUCUAGAAUGGACUGGUUUUCUUGAUGUUUCAGUUAUACAUACAAUCACUGUCGAGAGAUUCUUAGAACAGGCAGAGCAGUUUGUAGGUAAAUACGGGCCAUUUGAUUAUAUUAGUGUGACCCCUCCUUAUACUCAAGUGGAUUAUGCGGUGCUGAUGGAUCAACUUUCAAAAUCAUCUUUAGUUGGAGAUGAAACCUUUAUAGUGGUAGAGUAUCCUUUAAGAACAGAGAUGCUGAGUUCAUGCGGAUGUCUCACAAAGAUAGCUGAUCGAAGGUUUGGGCGGACACAUUUAGCAAUAUAUGGACCCAAAUGGGCAGUGAAAAGGCGAAAGGCAGAGAAGUCUGUUUAUGCUGUAGCAGAAUAAGUUUAAUUGGAAAUAAGAAGCAUUAGUUUAUCAUUAUGGUAAGCAAAGACUGAUACUUUAAUUCAUGAUUUCAUAAUCCAACACAGCAAGAUAUGCUCACAUAUGCUUUGUCCAAUCAUCAUCCGAUAGUUAUCCAAUUGUCUCUUCAUCUCCAUGACUUGUGCUCUUUGAGCUAGAGUCCGAAUGAUUACUAGGGUUCUUAUACGUGUCAUUUUCUUAAAAAUGAAUUAAAAGAAAAAUAACAAGUUAAGAAUUUGUUUUGUCAAUUUUCUUGAAUAAUUUUAUUAAACAAAAAUGUAUAUUAAGGACUUGCAUACCAAUAAUUUUUCCCAACAUUGGUAUCAAAGCUUACAAGUGAAAGUAAUUUUUCCCAACACUGGUAUAAGAAACCUUAAUAUACAUUUUUGUUUUACAAAAUUGUUUAAGGAAUUUGAAAAAUUAAAAUUUUAAUUUGCUACCUUCUCUUUAAUUUAUUUUUAAGAAAAUGACACGUGUGAGAACUUUAAUAGUCAUUUGAACUUUAGCUUAUAGGUGUCAAAAGGGUUGGCCCGAGUCGGUCCACCGGCUUUUUAAACGGGCCGGGUCGGACUCUUUUGCCAUAGAUAGGGCUCGGCCCGGCCCAUAGCCCCCCUACAAAGGGGUCGGACCGGGCCAGCCCGUGGGCUAGAGGGCCAGGCCGGGCCCUUAGCCCACAGGGCCUAGCAGGCCGGGCCUGGCCUUUUUUUUUUUUAAAUAAUUUUUUUAAAAAUAAUACAUAUAAUAUAUACAUAUAUAAAUAUCAAAAUAAUACAUAUAUAAAAAUUAAUUUUUUUCUUUUAAAAAUAUUUUCUAUCUUAAUUCUUAAGUUUUAAAUAUUAUUUCAUUAUUUUAUAUUUCAAAAUUCUAUAUGCUUUAUAAUUUUUCUUGUGAAUUGAUAUGGAAAAUAAUGUAUAAAUAAAAAGGAGAAUGUUUAUUUAUAAUUUAAAUAUAUAUAAAAUUUAACUUAAAAAUUUUAAAUAAAUUGAUGGUUAUUAUUUAUAUAUAUUACGAAAUUAUUUUUUUUAAUAUUCAAUAUCAAUAAUUACUAAAGAAUAACAAAAUUAAAAAAAAAAUGAGUAAGGGCUUUAUUGGCCCAUAAGGGCCUCAUGGGCCCGGCCCAAAAGGGCCCAUAAGGGCCACGGGCCAGGCCGGGCCGUGGGCCUAAUUUCUUUGGCCCAACCCGGCCCGGCCCGUUUGAACAGUAACGGGUCGGGCCAAGGCCCGGCCAUCACGGGCUGGGCCAGGCGGCCCGCGGGUCGCCCGGCCAUUUUGACACCUCUACUUUAGCUCAAAUAGCAUAAGUCAUGAAGAUGAAGAAAGAGUUGGACGACUUUCAGAUGAUUAAUGGGACAAGACAUGUGGGGGCAUAUCAUUGCCGCAUGCAAUAUAAUGCAAGAGCUUAUAUUUGCUUGAUAUCUUGCUUGUGGACUUAUGAAACAAAAUAUUAGUCUUUACUUACCACUCUGAUGUCACAAAAUAGAGAAUUAAUGAGUAGCAUCUAGGAAUCAAAUUUCUCAAAUAAGACAUUUGUUUGGUUAGUGUGUUCUUGUACAAGAGCACAUAGAAAGAAAGAGAUCAUAUAAGCUUUGUACUCAAGUAGCUUACCAAUAAAUAUCAUUAGUGAUAUUGCUAUUAGGAAAGUACAUUCCUUAUGGUUUUAUUGACUCUCUUCCUCUUAGGACUAAAAUUAUUAAGUAAUUUCUUACUCAAUUCAUGUAUCUUGUUUAGCUUUGCUGAGCAAAUAUUUAAACUAUGUGUUAGUUAUUUCAU